AUGAGUUCCAAAUUCCCUCUUCUAAAACUCCCAACUCUCGUGUUCAACACAGUUGUAGCAAAUUUUAAUGUUUUUGAGUUAGUAUCCUUAGCAUUAUGCAGCAAGAGUUCUAAAUCACAAUGCAAACAAUAUCGCAGCCAGACUAAACUCAAAAAACAAAUUGAGAAUUUCCAUGUAGAAUUCUCGACAGUUUGUGAAGUCCGUAUCAAGUUCUACCCUUCUUUGACAUCAGAAUUGAUGUUCUAUGUUGAAAAAUUGGAGAAUGAAGAAGAGAUGAGCAGUUAUAGCCAAAUUUUCGAUAAUAUGUAUAUUCCAAACGGUUGGAGGCCCAGGAUGAAUGAUAUAGCGCAUGAUGAUUGGUUUCCUUUUAAGCAACCUUUCAUAUCAGAAUUCUCUCAAGUUUUAUAUUACUCUAAUGAUACGCUUUCUGCUGUAUCUUCGUGGAUCGCAUUUCUCUCUGAUUUAUUCACUUCUCAACCAUCAUUGUUUUGCAUCAACUUUGAUUGUUUCCACAAAGGAAACAUCGAUAGAAUAAUGAGUCUACCAUUCCCAAUUGCACGUUUUGUAAUGAAGCAUAACAAUGACGGCAUCGAGAUCGAUGAAGAACUUGUUGUCUCAAUACUCAAGCGUCAAAAUGCAACUAAAGAAUUGAAAUUAGAGUUCAAGCCUAGUGAACGUUUUCAUUUUGAUUUUGCUUCGCUUCAAAAUGCUCCCGAUCAACUAGAAAUUGAUUAUUCUCAUUGGAGUUUAGUUGAGAAAUGGAAAAACGGAUGGACACCUAAAUGGAAGCGUAUUAUGAUAGAGUUUUGUGAAACUCUUGAUGUUGAUUCAUACAUUUCUGACCCUAUAAUUGAUGUCACUGAAAGCGGUUGUGGUCGCAGGGACUUGAUAACGAGAAACAUCGCUAUCUAUGCUUACAAGUUUCAACAUGAGUUCAGCUACGGUAUUGGAAAUAUUCUGAAAAAUGGAUAUCACCUAACUCGUGAGGAUAGAUCAAUUGCAACGAUAACUGUGGAAAACAACAAAAUUGGAUGGUUUAUCAUUCAUAAUGAUACUGAUCAAGAAUUUAUUGUCUAUUCUAAUAAACGGACUUUUUGUCUUAAUUGA